AUGGAGCGGAGGGUCAAGUGGUUGUCACACCUCGUGGCGCUGGUUUGCCUGCUCCAAGCCACCACCGCGGACUUAACUUGCAGGUCCUGUCACAGCGGGCAUCUGUGGCGACUCAAGGAAUUAACCACGGUGCGCUUUGGCGACGUUGGGGAAGUUUUGGCACGGAGCGGCGAGAGGAGCGCGGAGGAGGUGCACAAGCCGCUGGAGUUGAGCGGAGAAGUUGCAGGGUUGAAAGUGAGCGCGGGUAACGUGGGGGAGAGCGAUGGGACAGGAGGACGCAGGGUGAGACGCGCGGAUCUGCGAUGGAGCGGGGAAGAGCGCAGAGGGGCCGCGGCGCAGAGGCAAGACGAGCUCAAACUCAACAGCUCCACGUUUGCCCUCUCUGGAGACUCGUCACACAACCAGGCCAUGGUCCACUGGUCCGGACAGAACAGCAGCCAGGAGGAGAUCCCAGAUGAGCAGGAUGAGAGCCCAGAUGAGCAGGAGGAGAUCCCAGAUGAGCAGACGGAGAUCCCAGAUGAGCAGAAGGAGAUCCCAGAUUAG